CCUGUCAGUAUUUUAUUGGGACGGUGUUGUGGCGUAUGUAAAUUAUCUACACGCAAACGAUAGCAAUUCCAUUCUUUUUCAUACAUUCCUAAUUGACGCAGCGAUGAAUUCUUCGGAAUGGUUUAACGAAAUCUCAGACCAGCUAUGGCCCGGGCAAUGUUUCUCGCUGAAAGUAAAAAGGGUGCUUCAUGAAGAACGUUCUGCAUUUCAAGAUAUCAAGGUUCUAGACACCGUGUCUUACGGAACUGUGUUGGUACUGGAUGGGAUAAUCCAAUGUACGGAGCGGGACGAGUUUGCCUACCAGGAGAUGAUCGCGUUCCUUCCGCUUUGCUCCCAUCCAAAUCCUAAGAAAGUGCUCAUCGUGGGAGGCGGCGAUGGAGGCGUUGCUCGCGAAGUUGUGAAACAUCCACUGGUUGAAGAGGUGCACCAGGUCGAAAUCGAUGACCGAGUCGUGGAGUUGUCCAAAAAAUAUCUACCAUUUAUGGCAUGCGGCUUUGAUUCACCCAAGCUAAAGUUAACGAUUGGUGAUGGGUUCGAGUACAUGAAACAGCGAGAGGGUGAAUUUGAUGUUAUUAUCACCGACAGUAGCGAUCCGAUUGGGCCAGCUGAAUCUCUUUUCCAAGAAUCAUACUUUGGAUUGGCGAAAAGGGCCCUAAAGCCGAAUGGAAUAAUUUGCUCUCAAGGCGGUACUUUUUGGGUUAACAUGAAUCACGUUAAGGAAACUAUGGAUCACUGCAAGAAGAAUUUUCCAGUGGUCGGAUAUGGAUUAGCAUCGGUUCCGUCUUAUCCAUCUGGACAGAUUGGAUUUUUCAUAGCUAGCUUGAAUAAGCACACAAUAUUCAAGAAUCCUACUAAAACAUUCUCAGAUGAAGAAGUUGAUCAGAUGAAACUUCGGUACUACACGACAGAAAUGCAUCGGACUGCAUUUACUCUACCGAGGUACGCGGCCAAACAUCUCUAUUAAAGUAAAAUAAAAUCUACAAUUGCCUUAUUAUACAAUAAUCAUACAAUCUGAUUGUAUGCGCUUUUUGAAAGCUCAUCCUUUUUUUAAACAGCUAUUUACAUGUUUAUUGGGACUGCAAAAUACAUACAGUACAAAUUGAA